AGUCGCUGGUGCUUUUUACACUUGCCAUGUGUUCGUGGGUGCAAACCCAGCCCCUGCGGGGGGGUCCCCCGCUGUCAAUCCCAGGGGAUCCCUAUUCCGUAGUAGUGCUGCUACGGGGCUACUCGGAGCCUCAGGGGACCGGGGGCGCGCAGAAGGCGGACGGCUCCGUGACGUUGGUGCUGCCUAAGGUGUGGGAACCGCGGGUCGCACGUGGGGAGGCCCCCUCAGGGACGGACACGCAGACAGCCCUGGAGCAGGCGGGCUCGGGCCCCGUGCUGGUGGACACCGGGGGGCCCUGGGCCCGGGACGCCCUGCUGGCCGCCUUGGCUGCUCACGGCGUGACCCCGGACGCCGUGACCCUCGUGGUGGGCACCCACGGCCACUCGGACCAUGUGGGCAGCCUGGGGUUGUUCCCGCGUGCCGCGCUUCUCGUCUCCCACGACUUCUGCCUCCCAGGGGGCCUCUACCUGCCCCACGCGCUGAGCGAGUCGUGCCCGCUGCGUCUGGGCCCCGGCCUCGAGGUCUGGGCCACGCCGGGCCACGCGGGCCUCGGAGACGUCAGCGUCGUGGUGUCCGGCACCGCCUCGGGCACAGUCGUGGUGGCCGGAGACGUGUUCGAGAGGGAGGACGACGGCGACACCUGGCGGCAACUCAGCGAGAACCCCGCGGCGCAGGAGCGCAGCCGGCAAAGGGUGCUGGCGGCCGCUGAUGUCGUGGUGCCCGGGCACGGGGGACCGUUCAGGGUCUUAAGAGAGCCGGGAGUCCGCACAGUGAACUGACCUGCUAGCGGGGGUUUACAAGCACAGGCUCUGGGCCUGCCGCUGACCAGACCCAGACGGGAGCCGGUGCCUGGUACCAGCCAGCCAGAGGAUGGAUGCCUGAAGAAGCCUCCCCCACUGCCCUGGCAAAGCCAUGUUGAGGACACGUCCUGGUGGUCCACUGUCAAUGCUGCUACCCCACCCCCACCUCCUGGCUCCUUCCCCCUCCUCUGAUCUCUACUUUAGAGGAGGAAGAUCAACCACUUUCACCUCCCUCUGAAUCUCAUCUUCCUCACCCCUGAAAUGAGGACAAGAAUACUUGCCUACCACAGUACCAGUGCGGAUGAAAUGAAACAAAACAUCAAACAUUCGUGUUGGAGGUCACAUAAAUGACUUGGAAGAUAUUGAGCCCUUUUAUACCUACUAUCUAGAUUCAAGGUUGCAGCUGUGGGUGGGAGUAAGUGGUCCUGCCAUCCUCAUUAUCUGGGUACUAGUUUUUGAAAUAAAUUUGCAUUCAUAUC